AUGUCAGAAUUGUCGAAGUUUCGCCGAGAAGCAGAGGAGCGUCGUCAAAGAGAGAAGAAGCGUCUGCAAAGAGAGGAGGAACGGGAGAAACGUUGGUGGAAAGAAUGGAAUCGUCAUCAAUGUCGUCUUAAAAAAGCGGACAAACGUCGUCAAAGAGAGAAGAAGCGUCUGCAAAGAGGGACAGAUUGUCUGCGAGAUGAUGUCAGGUGUAAUCCGGCAGGAAACAAUACACCGUGUGAAAGGUCUGAAUCACGUUUCGGGAUCAAUAGCAGUUCCGAGAGCGAUUCAGGCGGUCCGCGUGCAACGUACUGGACGAGACCUGAGUUUCCGUUCCAUGACAGGGGGUGUUGUCUGCGAAAUGAGGUCUUGCGAAAUCCUGCAGAAAACUAUACACCGUGUAAAAGGUCUGAAUCACGUUUCGGGAUAAAUGGCUUAUCCGAGAGCGAUUCAGGCGAUCCAGGUGCAACGCUCUUGAAGAGACCUGAACAUCCUACACAUGACAGGAGAGAUUGUCUGCGAGAUGAUGUCAGGUGUAAUCCGGCAGGAAACAAUACACCGCGUGAAAGGUCUGAAUCACGUUUCGGGAUCAAUGGCAGUUCCGAGAGCGAUUCAGGCGGUCCAGGUGCAACGUUCUUGAAGAGACCUGAACAUCCUCCACAUGGCAGGGGAGAUUGUCCUCGAGAUGAGGUCAAGUGUUAUCCGUCAGGAAACAAUACACCCUGUGAAAGGUCUGAAUCACGUUUCGUGAUCAAUAGCAGUUCCAAAAGCGAUUCAGGCGGUCGUCUUGCAACGCCCUGGACGAGACCUGAACCUCCUUUCCAUGACAUUUCUGCGGAUGAAACAUCGGAACAAACGCAUGUCAAGCAGCUUCUCUCCACCUCAUGGUGUGCAAACAACGAUCGUGCGCAACGUCCAACGACUGCUCAAAUAAGUCAUGUUUGCGACUUGAGCGGUGAUACCAAUUUAAGACGUCAAGCUGAAAUUCAGGGCAUAGUUAAUGUCCAAGUCGCUACACCUGCUAAUAGACCGGAACAUGAAGGUGCCUGAGAUAGAUGCUCAUUACACCAGGCUAUUCCACUGAAUCAUGACCUGCCCGCACCAGCAUUAACAACUGAACGUGAAUUAGAACCGCCACUGACACACAACGAAGUGGUUAACAUUUUGGAACAAUUUCAUCACAAAACUGGGUUGAGCGUUACGUUGUCCAUUAUAUAGCCUGGUAUAUUGAGUAUCUAUCUGAAGCAGCUUUUUGUUCGUACAUUAUUUGUAACCCGAACAAUUUAAAUUACUACCAGUUUGUCUUGCAAUGAAUGUGCCAUGUAUGGAAAUAUAAUUGAAAUAACUGAGCAAACUACUACACGAACACUGAUUAAAUAACAUAUUUAAAGAAGAUUCUAUCGAAUAAGGUUUUAUAACAAAGUAAAAGUGUAAUGUAUAUGGCACCUCGUCUGUUAUGGGCCCCGUUUACACUUCCAUGAAUACAUACACAUCGAUACGUUUUGUAUUAGUACACAGACUAAAUGUGUAAGUCUUAAGAACAAACAUAGUUAAAUAAAAUGUACACGUGGAAGUCGUAAACGGAAUGUUUCGCAGACUUUUAUCAUGUUCCGGUCUAUUGCAGUGUAUAUAACGGUGGAUGAUGUGUAAGGCGUAAACGUUAAAAUGUUUGCCGACCCUAUUUGGUUCAGUCUUCCAAGUUAAGCUAAAUUCACUAAAAUAACUAUUAAGUUUAUGAUCAUUUUAGCCACAUUUCAUCAUAUUUGCUUAAAGCGAGAUUAUACGAUUUUUAAUAUGUGUUAAAUUGUAAUAAAUUGAUAAAAUA